UGUGAAACAUGUUAAAUGUGUAAGUGCACCGUGUGUGAGUGUGUGUGUGUGUUUGUGCUGCUGCCUUGGCUUGUGGCAGUCUAAUAUGAAGGAUUUCAUUGAGUGCUAAGACACAGAGCAGAGACAGAAAGCAGAAGGAGGCGGCAGCGCGCUUUGUAGUCAGUGAAGAAUGCGGAAAUGUUCUCGCACUAUGUCAAACUUUUUUGAAGCGGGGUCAAGUCACAUUCAGCCAGCGUGGGAAAGCAAAAACAAAAAAAAAAGUAGGAAAAGAAAGCGCUGCUGCUGCUUAGACACGCAGUGAGGAAGGAAAGGGAAAAAAAAAACUAGAGAGAAGGGAGAGAGAGGCUGGGAAUAGGAGGAGGAAAGCCAUAGGAGAGCAGCACUACCUCACAGCUUAUGGCUUUGCAAUGGGGACUGGGAGCUCUGCACAAUAAACUGUAAGGCUUGUGAAGAAGAAGAAAAAAAAAAGAAUUAUUGCUAUCUAUUCCUCUCAGCCCUGUGUUGUGCGGCGAGACUGCCUCUUUUGCACGAGUUUGCUCGGCUGAGGAUGGCUGGGCAGAAGAAGAGCCCAGAGCUACCUGUGUGGCCCAAAGAGGGGAGAAGUGGGACCAUGUGAGACAGCAGCUGCCUCCUCUGAGCUCAGUCAUAAGGGGGAGUCAGAGCUGAUCUCAUCCCCCACUGCUGCAGCCCAUCAUCAUCCUCCUCCUCCAGGGCACCCCAACUGCAAGUUCAAGCACCAGUCCAGAUGAUGUGACCAACCCCACCCCCUGUGCUGGCCAGGGCUUUCUGCUCCCCGCUGCUAGCUCUUCAAGUCUGACUGAGCAGCCGGCUCCUUGUCUACCGCAAUACCUUGGGUUCUGAACCGCUGAAUCGCCGCUCCGCAGGCCAUCCUCACUGUUCCGCGCAGGCUCUUUACGCUCCAAACCCUCCAGCAGCCUGGAAUAAACACGCCACCUAGUGGUCGGAUUCUCAUUGUGAUGAUGGAGAAGGACAGUCUGGCCGAUCAGCAGUAUGAGUGCGUGGCUGAGAUCGGGGAAGGGGCGUAUGGCAAGGUGUUUAAGGCCCGUGACUUGAAGAAUGGUGGUCGCUUCGUGGCAUUGAAACGAGUGCGGGUGCAGACCGGGGAGGAGGGCAUGCCGCUCUCUACCAUCAGGGAAGUGGCAGUGCUUCGUCACCUGGAGACCUUCGAGCAUCCCAAUGUGGUCAGGUUGUUUGAUGUAUGUACAGUUUCACGGACAGACAGAGAGACAAAACUUACACUGGUGUUUGAACAUGUUGAUCAAGAUUUGACCACUUACUUGGACAAAGUACCAGAUCCUGGGGUUCCAAAUGAAACUAUUAAGGAUAUGAUGCACCAACUUCUUCAAGGACUGGAUUUUCUUCAUUCCCAUAGAGUGGUGCAUCGAGACCUAAAGCCUCAAAACAUUCUUGUCACCAGCAGCGGACAGAUAAAACUAGCAGACUUCGGCCUUGCCAGAAUCUACAGUUUUCAGAUGGCACUCACAUCAGUGGUGGUCACCUUGUGGUACAGAGCCCCAGAAGUCUUACUCCAGUCAAGUUACGCCACGCCAGUUGAUCUUUGGAGUGUUGGCUGUAUAUUUGCAGAAAUGUUUCGGCGAAAGCCACUUUUUCGUGGAAAUUCAGAUGUAGACCAACUAGGAAAAAUCUUUGAUGUGAUUGGACUCCCAGAGGAAGACGAGUGGCCCCAUGAUGUGGCUGUUCCGAGGGACGCCUUCCAUGUUAGACAACCUGUGCCCAUUGAUAAUGUUGUUCAAGAUAUAGAUGAGCAAGGCAAGGACUUACUUAUUAAAUGCCUGACCUUCACUCCAGCCAACCGCAUCUCUGCGUUCAGCGCCCUGUCCCACCCUUACUUCCAUGAUUUACAGAGAAGCAAAGACAGUGUAGACUCUCACAGGCCAAGCGGCCAAAAGGAUGAAGGUUCUGCUGGAAGCAACACUGCUUGAUGUAGGGGAGGCACAUGGACAAAAAUGGGGUCUUGCCGGAACCCAAUGGAUGUGGAGCUCCUCACAGAACCUUUUCUUUACCCAUAAGCAUCUCUUCCUGGAACACUGCUACCGUUCCUCAAAUCAAUGCAAGCCGAGUGCAGCUUACGUGUCUGUCUUUUGAGUUUAUUUUUUUUGUGUUAAAUCUGGAUGAAUUCCAGU